ACAGACGUUUACUUGUCAUGGAAACAUCGGAUCUGUCCUUGUCGACCGGUGGUGUUUGCGUGAGACGGCAGCCAUGAUGUUGCUGAAGGCACUGGUCUUCAUUUCGCUGUCACUUACAGUUUCAGGAGAAUAUUUCUUCCUUCCUCCCAAGGUUAAAUACGAAGCUGCAGUAUAUGUUUGCAAGCAAAACGGUCUUAAGCUGGUGAACGUCAAAACCAAUGAAACCCAAAGGCUGGUCUCUGCUUACAUGGGAGAGAGGAACGUCAACCUCUGGACCGGGCUUCACUAUAACGCUAGUAUGAGCAAGUUCCAGUGGGGAGACGGGGAGAUUCUACACUCCCCUGGAGUUCUAACGUGGCGGGAUGGGCAACCAGAUCUAUCACAAGGAAUGAAAUGUGUCGUGAUGAACCCCAGCCAUAGUCCUUUCAUCUACGACAUGUCCGCAUGCAACGCUAGCCAGGCUCUGCUGUGUGACGGUGAAGAAACCCUGGACUUGCUCCCAAAGUGGCUAUAUAUCGUGAGGUACACAAAAAGGAAUUCCACCGAACUGGGAUUCUGUGAAUCAAACCGAGGUGGCUACCCAGAAUGUGUCUUUGAAAGGCGUGGAAUCAGCGGGCAAGUACUCUCUAGGGGACUGGUUGAUGCUAUGGAGGAAUGUGCUCUGUCCUGCAAGGACAACGAGAGCUGCAUAUACUUCAUCUUUAUCAACUUCAAGAACUUAAGGGGUGAAUGUGUCUACCACACACAGAUUCCUGGCUAAAUGUCAUCUUUAUGUACACGUUUUAUUACUCGUCUCUCAACCCAAAACUCUAAAGGGGGACACGGCUCGGGUCAGUUGACAAUGCCAGCGUGUUUGAUUCAAGUAAUCAAAACCUAUAUUGGUUGCUCGUAAACUUAAAUGUCACAAUGUAUAUCAGUCUUGUGGUUACUCUAUUUACACAGAAUCAAUGUCCCAGGUUGACACUUGGUCACAUCACAUUGUGUUUCAUACAUCCAGCAUGUCCUCUGUACGAGCUAUUGCUCUGGCUAAAACCGUGAAUAUUAAUAUAAUGUCUUCAUUAUUCUUUCCCUUCAAUGAGUUUAUCAUGUUAUUGUUAUCAUUGUUAUUUCUUACUUUUUCUGAUAAAAGGAUAGAGAGUAAGAGUUCCCCCUGUCUACAACUUCUGUCAUUCUAUAACCUGGACGAAUUGUGAUUGUUUUUUAUGACUCACUCGCUGAUUACAACGUGAGACCAUUACAAUUUCUCUGCUGGGGA